AACAUUUUAUCUCUCUCUCUCUCUCCACUUUACAACACCAAAACACAAGUUUCUCGGUAAAAAAAAUCUCUGAAGUCUUUGAAUCUAUGUGAAGGAGGAGAACCUCCAAGAAACAAAAAAAAAGUAUUUUCUCAACUUUUUCCGGUGGUGGAGGAACACUGAGCCACCGCUUUUGGGAGACAGAUUUAAUUUUCAGCUGGUAGAUGGUAGGCAGAGAAACAGAGAUGAUGUCUGAACGAGAAGUAGAAACAUCGACGGCCCAAGCAAGACAAAAUGGAGGAGGAGGAGGAGGAGAGAAUCAUCCGUUUUCUUCGUUGGGAAGACAAUCCUCCAUCUACUCAUUGACACUCGACGAGUUCCAACACGCUCUCUGCGAGAACGGCAAGAACUUCGGGUCCAUGAACAUGGACGAGUUCCUCGUCUCUAUUUGGAACGCUGAGGAGAAUAACAACAACAAUCAACAAGCAGCCGCAGCUUCACAUCCCGUUCCACCGAGUCAUAACGGUUUCAACAAUGGUGGAACCGAGAGCGGCGUCUUUGGUGGUGGUGGUGGUGGUUCUUCAGGUAACCAAGGGGUUAAUAAGAAGCCAGGGAUAGGGAUAGCUAAGCAGCCGAGUCUUCCACGACAAGGCUCGUUGACACUUCCAGCUCCUCUUUGUAGGAAGACUGUUGAAGAGGUUUGGUCUGAGAUACAUAGAGGUGGUGGAGACAACAACAACGGACGUAGUACUAGUAGUAGUAACGGUCAAAACAUUGCUAAUAACGGCGUUGGUGAGAGUGCGGCUAGGCAACCAACGUUUGGGGAGAUGACACUUGAGGAUUUCUUAGUGAAGGCUGGUGUGGUUAGAGAGCACCCCACUAACCCUAAACCUAUGUUAAACCCGACCCCGACUAGUGUUAUACCGGCAUCCACCCAGCAGCAACAGCUUUACGGCGUGUUUCCAGGAGGCGGUGAUCCUUCUUUCUCGGUGGGUGUAGGUGAUUAUGGUAAAAGGGCAGGAGGAGGAGGAGGAGGGUAUCAGCAAGCACCACCGGUUCAGCAAGGUGUUUGCUAUGGGGGUGGUGGCGGGUUUGGAGCGGGUGGACAGCAAAUGGGGAUGGUCGGACCGUUAAGCCCGGUGUCGUCCGAUGGGCUAGGACAUGGGCAAGUGGAUAACAUAGGAGGUCAGUAUGGAGUUGAUAUGGGAGGGUUAAGGGGAAGGAAGAGAGUAGUGGAUGGUCCAGUGGAGAAAGUAGUGGAGAGAAGGCAGAGGAGGAUGAUCAAGAACCGUGAGUCUGCUGCCAGGUCUAGAGCAAGAAAGCAGGCAUAUACGGUGGAGUUAGAAGCAGAACUGAACCAGUUGAAAGAAGAGAACGCUCAGCUAAAACAUGCAUUGGGAGAGUUGGAGAGGAAGAGGAAGCAACAGUAUUUUGAGAGUUUGAAGACGAGAGCACAACCUAAAGUGCCAAAAGUGAGCGGGAGAUUACGGACAUUGAUGAGGAACCCGAGUUGCCCUCUCUGAACAAACAAACAAGCAGUAGCAGAUGAAGACGGUGUUGGUAGGUUGGUUUGUUUUGUCCUUUUGAGGAAUGAGAUAAUAAAAUUAUCUUUUACUUUGAUGCUUUUAUGUGUUAGAGUUGUUCCUUUGUCAACAAGAAAGUGAUUCUCUGUUUCAACAUCAUAAAAUCUUAAGAGGU